CUUUUUUCAUACAAAUAUGUACUUCUUACAACUUUUCGGAAAUUUGUAACGUACACCAUGAUAAUAGUAGUAUUAUUGAAAUGAGAACUGACUGACUUAUAAUAAAACUUUUCUAUGGAAACGCACAAAAAUAUACAAAGAUCAUUCUCGAGUAUUUCAGCAAAUUUAGAAGUCAGUUAAUUGAAGUGGUCUGUUAAUAAUCAUAUACAUGCAUCGUUUGUGAAAACAUCAAUAAAAUAUUGAGACAGAAGACUAUAUUCCUCGUGGUGUGUAAUUAUAAAAAAUUAUUUUUGUGAGAUAUCAAAUUUACUCACUGAUUUAUAGACUCGUGAAGCUGUCAUCAAUUUCUACCUGAUGUCGUUACCUGCAGAAAGUGACCAGAAGGAUUUAGGAGACGACAGUGGUAAUGAUGGAGAGAAAAUGUCAUUUAUAAUAAUGUCAACUGGAGUGGCUUGUGCCUUGCUUGCUCUUAUUUUGCACGUGUGCUUAGUAAAUAUUCAAAAAUUGAGAGCGAUACCUGGAGUUAAUGUACUGACGAUGCUGUUAGUAAUAAUAUUGUGGUCAGGAGUCACUGCUAUAUACGCUUACAAAGUCAACUUAAUUUGCAAAUUGAUUGCACUUGCUAUAACAGCUUUUGUGGGAAUUAUAGCAAUCAUUGUUGGAUUCACAACGAGACCAUUGUCAGACAGAGGAUAUUUUGUGCUAUACAUGAUAUCUAUGGUAUUAAUCCUGAUAGGAUUUGUCUUCUUCAUUAUUUUUCAAAUAUUCAAAUAUCCAUACAAUCUAGUAUGUUGCGGAUUCGUCGUCAUUGGAGAGGCGCUUGUGAUAUACUAUAAUUCAUCAUGGCUGAGAUACACUCCAGACACAACAAUGAAAUCAGUGAUUUUUAUAAUCUACCUGGAAUGCUUCUACUUAAUAGGACUAUUUUUUACAGUUGUCAGCUGUGAAGACGAAACAAUAUGCGAUAAACUCGCUAACAUAUCCAAAAAUCAGUCAGAGUUAGUCGUCCAGUGAAUGUAUGAAAAAUUAAAGUUUUAAUGUGUGUAACGAUUUAUGUCUUUAAUGAAUUUUACUAUAUUGAAACACUACUAAUUUAUUCCGCUUAUCUGACACAUAUCACGACGUAUCACGACAUACGUAGAAUAAAAUGACUAUCACGUUAUCUACAUUAUGGCAUUACCUUAUUUCGAUAUGAUUCUAAAAAGUGUUGAUCAGUGUUCUUGAUUAUUAUUAUUGGAUGAGAACUUAUGUUUGAUUUUGAUAGUUUAAAGAUAAAAUUCUUAUAAUAUGAAUCAUAUAUUUAAAUAAAUAAACGUAUUAAUU